UGAUGCUGCUGAGCUGGAGCACGAUGGCGGCGGAGACAGUGGACAGCAGCCUUGGCAACAGCCUCGGUACCAGCCUGGCUAACAUGUCCAAAGCAGACAUAGUGAGAGGAAUCGUCUCAGAGAAAAUGACCACAGCAGCGCGGGAAAUCUUAGUGGUGGUUGAGAGGAUCGUAGCCGGGUAUGAGGAGGAGGCUUCGGGCUUCAAGCAGGAGAUCGACCGGCAGAGGAGACAGCUGGAGCUUCUGCUGCAGCCUCAGGUCAAACAAGAGACAACAGACGACGAGCAGCUGUUUCCUGUCUGCGAGCCGCUGCCGGAGGAGGCAUCUGGAGGAGGUGAAGAGGACGAGGGGCAGUACAAAUAUGAGCCGAGUGUGGAGGACAGCGAGAGUCUGGGCCUCGUCGUCUGCUACGCUGAUGAACCGGAGGAGGAGCAGCGAGCAGAGCGGAGCUCCACAGAGGAGCACGAACAUCUCACACCGCUGGAGUUCGAUACGGCAUCAAGGUCUUCGUCUCCCUCAGUUCGGCCUGACAGGCGGAGCGCCGGCAGACGUCGGAUCAGUGACCGGCAGGAACCCGUUGUCCUCCGUAUCCGCAUCCUGGAGGACUCUGAGAUCAGCGUACUCUCGACCAACGUGUUUCAGAAAUACCCGCUGCAGGAGCUGCAGUGUCCUCUCGGCCUGCAGGAGGCAGACUUCCUGAACCUGCUGAGGUCCACCUUCCCUCAGCUGGCUGCUGAUAAACCUUUUGACGUUUUCAUCACCAACAACAGCAGGAGACUGCAGCCGCUCAGUGUGGAGACACUGACACCAGAGCAGAUCUACAGCAGCAUCAGGUCCACGGGACAUUCAGCCCUCUACAUCAAACUGAAGGCACCAAAUGAACCGCCGGUCGCUGACAAAGAGCUUCAUCUCUCACAGACCGAAGACGCUGCUGUAGAUUCUCCGUCGAGCUCCAACAUGAUCACAACCAAUAAAAACAAACAGCACAAAAGGUUUUUGUCUCCCAGAGCUCGGUCUAACAGGAAGAAGCGUGUGAAGCGGCGGCCCAGCGAACCACAGCAGAACCGGGUCGACCUCAGGGUUUGCAUCCUGGAGGACUCUGAGAUCAGCGUUCUCUCGUCCGGUGUGUUUCAGAAAUACCCGCUGCAGGAGCUGCAGUGUCCUCUCGGCCUGCAGGAGGCGGACUUCCUGAACCUGCUGAGGUCCACCUUCCCUCAGCUGGCUGCUGAUAAUCCUUUUGACAUCUUCAUCACCAACAAAGGCAGGAGACUGCAGCCGCUCAGUGUGGAGACGCUGACACCAGAGCAGAUCUACAGCAGCAUCAGAUCCACAGGACAGUCGGCCCUCUACAUCCGACUGAAGAACGUGUCACUGAACGAAUCGUCUGGAUAUCAGACUCUGCAGUCCGUUGAUGAAGAGCUUCAGCCGGCUCAGACAGAAGCUGCUGACUCUCAAACUGGACACACGAGGUUAUUGUCUCCCAGAGUUCAGUCUGACAGGAGGAGCACUGGCAGGCGCCGGAUCAGUCAACCACAGACCCACGUAGAUCUCAGGAUCCGCGUCCUGGAGGACUCUCAGAUCAGCGUGCUGUCGACCAACGUGUUUCAGAAAUACCCUCUGCAGGAGCUGAAGUGUCCUCUCGGCCUGCAGGAGACAGACUUCCUGACCCUGCUGAGGUCCACCUUCCCUCAGCUGGCUGCUGAUAAACCUUUUGACGUCUUCACCUGCGACAGAAACAAGCGUCUGCAGCCUCUGACGGUGAAAACGCUGACGCCGGCGGAGAUCUACGGCAGCAUCAAAUCCAACGGAGCCGGAAACUCAGCACUCUACAUCAGACUGAAGCCGGAGGAGCUGAAGAACAACGAUGCUGCUGCUCAGUUUUCUGCGUCUGCCGCCGAUGAAAGCAGCCUGUUCACAAGGUCAUCAUCUCCCACAGUUCAGUCUGACAAGAGGAGCGCCAGCAGACGUCGCAUCACUGAACCACAGGAUCACAUAGACCUCCAGAUCCGCAUCCUGGACUCUCAGAUCAGUGUGCUCUCGACCAACGUGUUUCAGAAAUACCCGCAGCAGGCGCUGCAGUGUCCUCUCGGCCUGCAGGAGGCAGACUUCCUGGACCUGCUGAAGUCCACCUUCCCUCAACUGGCUGCUGAUAAACCUUUUGAUAUUUUCAUCACUGAUCAAAGCAGGAGACUGCAGCCGCUCAGAGUGGAGAAGAUGACACCAGAGCAGAUCUACAGCAGCAUCAAGUCCACGGGACAUUCAGCCCUCUACAUCCGACUGAAGGAACAAAAAGAAACUCACCAUCUGCAUAGACAAAUAGAUUCUCCAUCAACUUCUGAUCAAACAAGCCUGAACACAAAUUCCCACAACAUCCAAGUUGAACAAACACAAGAAGACAUGCAGAUAGAGGAAGUUACUGAUUUUUCUACCCAGCCAGAAUCCGCUAAAGACUUUAUGGUUCUGUUUGAGAGUGAAGCUGAAGGUGAGGGAGACGAUGACUGGGAGAAGAUCUCAGUGAAGACAAAGAGACGGAUCAAACGUUCUGGUGUCAAAACAAAAAGCAGGAAGUCGAUCCCGUCGUCUCCGAAGGCGCCGAUCGAGAAGAGUGACGUUCAUCUGUCGUGUAAAGUCUGCAGCAUCCUGCGUGGGUCGAUGAACAUGUUGAUAAAACACGCCUGGAGUCACGUGGGCGACCUGCAGAGCGUUUGUGGAGUUUGUGGAGAACAUUCAGAGUCUGCAGAGAAGCUGAGGAGUCACCUUCAAACCCACCAGAAAACUCACAGCUGUAACUUCUGCGGGAUGUAUUUCAUCUCCGCCAGCGGCCUCAAAGGUCACAUGGCUCGACACAGAGGAGAGCAAACGUACGGGUGUAAGAUUUGCCGCAAAGAGUUCUUUCAGAAGUCGGCGCUGAAGAAUCACAGCUGGGUCCAUGUGGAGGACAAACCUCACAAGUGUGAGUUGUGUGACAAAUCAUUCAUCUCGAACUUAAACCUCAAAGUUCAUAUGACCAAACACACGGGCGAGAAGCUGUACCACUGCAGCGUGUGCAACAAGUCCGUCCGCAGCUUUGAGAGUUUGUCGCAGCACAUGAAGGGUCACUCGGGUUACGCGGUCCAGGAGAAAGUGUUCGAGUGCGACAUCUGCAAUAGGAAGUUUCACACGAAGCAUCAGCAGCAAGCUCACAUGAAACAUCACUUCAGACAGAAACCGUUCGCCUGCAGCAAAUGCAGCAAACAGUUUUCGGCCCGGUGCAGUCUGGCGACUCACAUGAGGAUCCACACCGGAGAGAAACCCUACAAGUGUCCGGUGUGCGACAUGGCCUUCAGUCAGAGCCACUGCGUGAAGAGACACAUGAAGACUCACGCAGUGGAAGAAAACAUGUGGAUGAAGAGCUAA